AUGAUGGAGCACUUGGAUGUGAAUGAUCGUUUCUCUAACAUAAACCAGUCUCUAUCGAUUAACCAGCAUCGCUCGAGGGAACCAAGCAUCAGCUCUCAAAUAUUUGCUGUUCCUUCCGAUUUGGCUUCUGUAGAACACCGCCAUAGAAGAGGCAAUGGUGAUAAUGACGAUGAUAAUAAUGAUAAUGAUGAUAAUGAUGGUGAUAAUGAAGAAGAAGACGAUAACUCUCAGAACAGGAACCAAAAUUACAAAACAAACGUCAGAAAUGCUAAUUUGAACACAAACACUUCUCUACUAAACAGCAAUUCUACCAACAGCACUCAGGGUUUGAAUCGCAAUGAACAUAAUGAAUAUGAUUCUGAUUCGAUUUCAUCCUCAUCUUACGCAGAAUCAUCAAGCAAUUACUCCCAGGAUAACUAUUUGAGUAGUUUUAGUUCGUUUGAUUAUCUUUUAACCUCAAUUAACGAUUCUUUAGUUAAUGAUAAUAGUUUGUUAGAUAAAUCAUUGGUUUUACAGGCUCAGACCUCUGGUUUAAUUAAAAACAAGACUUUGGAAUUAAAACUAUUACAAGAAAAUGCUAAAAAAAAGAUUCAGUUAAUUAAUAAUAUAUAUUUAUCAUCUGUUUCUUCCAAUUCUUUAUCAAACUCAAUAACAAGUUCUUUAACUAAUUCUCUAACCAAUUCAUUAACUAAUUCUUCAUUAACAAAUAACAAUAAUAGUGCAUUGACUGCAUUGAAUAAUUAUCAAUUAAUGAUUAAAAAUAUUAGAAAAAAUUUGAGAUGGUCUGAAAAACAUUUAAAUGAAUUAGAAAAUUUAUUUGAACAAAAUCAUCCAAUAGAAUAUAACGAAUCAAAAGAUAUAAUAUUAAAUAGAUAUAAUCCAAUCAAUAAAGAUGAUAUGAAUUUGUUGAAUAAAAAAAAUAUAAAUAAUGAACAAUAG